GAGUCGGUUACCGUAAGAGAUAAAUUGUGUGCGGUACAAUAGGGAGAGCCGGGUACGACGCUGUCCUUUACUAUUCUGUACAGGGGACAGUUUGGGAAAUCUGGUUCCUAAGCCCAUUAGAGCACCUUAAUUGAAAAGUGAAAUUAAAAAGCAAAAAAUAUGUCGGCAAAUAAAGAUGGAGACGGUGGAUGGAAGAGCUUUUUGUGGAAUUCGGAAAGGAAGGAAUUUCUAGGACGCACGGGUGGCAGUUGGUUUAAAAUCUUGUUGUUCUACCUGAUCUUCUAUGGAUGCUUGGCUGGGAUUUUCAUUGGUACCAUCCAGGCCCUGCUGCUAACCCUUAGUAACUACAAACCCACCUACCAGGACAGAGUCGCCCCACCAGGUCUAUCCCACACCCCACGCUCUGAGAAGUUUGAGAUCUCUUACAACGUCAACGAUGUGGAGACGUAUCUGAAAUACACCAAGAGCAUCAAGGACUUCCUGGAGAUGUACGAUGAGGAGAGGCAGACCGACCAGAACAAGUACGAAGACUGUGGAGCAUUACCUGAAUCGUACAGGGACCGUGGUGAGCUGGAGAGUGACCUUGGAGCGAGGAAGGCCUGCAGGUUCAAGCGGACCUGGCUGGGACCCUGUGCUGGUCUGGAUGGUCACGACGAAAACUUUGGCUUCAAGGAUGGGAAACCCUGUCUGAUCGCCAAGCUCAACAGGAUCAUCAACUUCCGACCAAGGCCUCCAACCAACAGUGCUUCCGUCCCUGAAGCCGGCCAGAGCAGAGUCCAGACCAACGUUAUCCCCAUCCACUGUCAGAACAAGAGAGAGGAGGAUGCUAGCAAGAUUGGUGAGAUCAAGUACUAUGGAAUGGGCAUGGGGUUCCCCCUCCAGUACUACCCCUACUAUGGCAAGCUGCUGCACCCCAAUUACCUACAGCCUCUGGUGGCCAUCCAGUUUACCAACCUCACCUUCAACGAGGAGCUGCGUCUUGAGUGCAAAGUGUAUGGAGCGAACAUUGACUACAGCGAGAAAGAUCGCUACCAAGGACGCUUUGACGUUAAGUUCACCAUCACCGAUUCAUGACCUCAGCUAUGAAAAUAAGCACUUUUUCUCUGCCCCUAUUUCAAAACAAGUUGAUUUAAGUUGAUUUAAAUAAAGAAAAAUAAUUCAAUUAAAUCAUGACUUGUCUUGGAACAAACUUUCAUAAUGUACGGGACCUACAGUUAAUCUGUGUGCUUUACACCUGUCUUUUCAUAAUGUACGGGACCUACAGUUAAUCUGUGUGCUUUACACCUGUCUUUUCAUAAUAUACGGGACCUACAGUUAAUCUGUGUGCUUUACACCUGUCUUUUCAUAAUAUACGGGACCUACAGUUAAUCUGUGUGCUUUACACCUGUCUUUUCAUAAUGUCUAGGGUUAGGAUGUACAUUACACCUGUCUUUUCAUAAUGUCUAGGGUUAGGAUGUACAUUACACCUGUCUUUUCAUAAUGUCUAGGGUUAGAAUGUACAUUACACCUGUCUUUUCAUAAUGUCUAGGGUUAGAAUGUACAUUACACCUGUCUUUUCAUAAUGUCUAGGGUUAGAAUGUACAUUACACCUGUCUUUUCAUAAUGUCUAGGGUUAGAAUGUACAUCACACCUGUCUUUUCUGCAUAAUGUCUAGGGUUAGAAUGUACUUUACAGGAAGAGUAACAAUAGCAACAUAUUUAUUCUACUGUAAAUGAGAAGUCCUUGAGCCAUGGGACAUUCAUAUUUUACUGUAAAUAGCAAUUCUACUACUGUUAUGUAGCGAGCAGUGUUUCUGUCUGUCCCCCUAAGUAUUCUGCCUAAUGUCCUUCCUAUAUAUGGUUGGAGUCUCCAGUACAGUAGUGGCAUACAGUGGUCCUUUCCAAGCCAUGUUGUAAUUUCUCUAGUCUAUUGUCAGUAGGCUUUAGUGGUCCAAGGUGUGUGUGUGUCUUUAAGUGUUUGUGUUUAUGUGUUAAAUGUGUUCGUUUUU